AUGCAUCGCUCGACGUACGCAAACAGCCCAAUCAUGCAAUACAUGAAGGAACAAACUGAGACAUCCAUACAGGCAUGGCUGGAUGAAGCAGCUCGGAAAGCACAAAUUACUGUAACUGACAAAAAAAUCGACUACGUGAACAGAACCGAUUUCGAUGAGCUGUUGGCAUCUGAAACUGGCUCAUUCAUAAUCGAUGGGAUUCCAUCAAUUCGAUUCUCUCUACCGGAUCCAUCUAAUUCCAUCCGCAUGAUCAGUUAUCCACCUCUUUAUCGACCCGGUAUAUUUGAAAGAUCAUUCGCCGAACAUAGUGGUUAUCGAUUUUCGCUUAAACAGGUUUACUGA